UAUAAAUCUGUUAAAAAAUAGUAAUUGUUCCAUAAAUCUUAUAUAAAUUUCAAAUGUUACCAAUUAAACUACCAGAAGUACCGUAUUUUUCGCUCCAUAAGAUGCACUUUUUUCCCCCCAAAAAAGGGGGGAAAAUGUCAGUGCGUCUUAUGGAGCGAAUGUAAAGCGGCCGGUCCGGUAUUUCUGCCGCCACCAUAUCAGAAUAUUGGGCCGGCCGCUCUCAGCUCUUCUCUCCUGCAGGGCCUUACCUGUUCCUCGCUCCAGCGCUGCAGUCUUCCUGCAGCAGAUUCUGUGACAGCCGCGUGCCCACUGCGCAUGCACGAGAAGCGCCGCGCUUUGUGAAUGGUCCGGUGUUUUUCUGGGACACAUGGCAGGUCCCAGAAGGCUCCGGACCAUUCACAAAGCGUCGGCGCUUCUUGCGAAUGCGUAGUGGGCACCUGACUGUCACAGAAGCCGCCGCGGGAAAAGAAGGAAGGACAACUCUGCGGAACUGGGAGCGGGUACCUGUUUGCAGUCUCUGGCCAUCUCCUUUACUGUCUGCAGUCUCUGGCCAUCCCCUGUACUGUGUCCGCAGUCUCUGGUCAUCCCCUGUACUGUGUCCGCAGUCUCUGGUCAUCCCCUGUACUGUGUCCGCAGUCUCUGGUCAUCCCCUGUACUGUGUCCGCAGUCUCUGGUCAUCCCCUGUACUGUGUCCGCAGUCUCUGGUCAUCCCCUGUACUGUGUCCGAAGUCUCUGGUCAUCCCCUGUACUGUGUCCGCAGUCUCUGGUCAUCCCCUGUACUGUGUCCGCAGUCUCUGGUCAUCCCCUGUACUGUGUCCGCAGGCUCUGGUCAUCCCCUGUACUGAGUCCGCAGGCUCUGGUCAUCCCCUGUACUGUGUCUGCAGUCUCUGGUCAUCCCCUGUACUGUGUCUGCAGUCUCUGGUCAUCCCCUGUACUGUGUCUGCAGUC